GGUUUUCGGGGCUCGAGUUUAGCUGCGAUCUCUCGCGCGUUACUGAGGGUGUUGGAGUUUGGGUUCAUUGGUUUCUAUUUUCUGUUUCGUUUGCAAGGCAAGUUCUUUCUUUGAAGUAAGAGGUGAUGCAGUGAUGGAUCGGAGGCGGCCCGUAAAGCGGGUGCGACCUGACGAGUUUUUCUUUGACGGAGGAGAGUCCAACAACACAGGGUCUUUCUUGAAGAAGUAGUCGCAUAGUUCCGAAGUUGAGGCUUGUUAUGAUCGGUAUGAUCAUGAGACAUGAACCCUCCAACGCAAGUUGAUAACUGAGUGAGGUACCAAGAGCAGACUCGUGCCUGAAGAUCCUUUUGAACUGAAUGGCUCGCUGGACAGAUGCGAGGUCAAGAGCGUUAUGAUUGAAUGACUCAUAACCAGAAACCAUCCUUUUUGUUUCUAUUUUUAAGUUUUUAAUCAGUUAUAUGUUAGAAACUAACCGUUACUAAUAUACUUCACCGGACAUUUCCUGCCUGGACAUAUCCGAAGCCCGCGCAUACAUCCCCAUGCCAUCCCAUGCUAAACCUAUCAUUUUCCUUCAUCUGCUUAGUUUCCCUCUGCACAAUCUGGCUGCAGCCGAUUGCAACAUCUACUCGAUCGAGACAAGAAUGGCGCACUGAUGACAACAACUACGGACGCUUGAGCCCAACGAGGCUAUGCGCCCUAACCCAACAAGUACAAGUUCCAUCAUGGAAGAUGAACCUGCUGUUCUGAGGACUCUUCAAGAUGAUGGAGCAUACAGCCGGUUUCUGUCCGCCGACUUUGAUGUUAACCGGGAGGCGAGCACGCUGCUCCAGUCGGCGGCGCUUUCCGAGCAGCUGGCGCACAUCACUAAAGGUAUCGCGCUGCUCGACUCUGAGAUCGCCGAUCAGGUGAACGAACACUACGAGGACCUUCUGUCACAGGCCAGCGGAACGGGAACGCUCGAUGAUGUUCUGCAGACCAUGCUGGCCAAAAUACAGGCGCUGCUGGCGGCCGUGGAGCGGCUCCGGUCGCGGGUCGAGGAGCCUUACCUGAAAAUCGCCUCCCAGAGUGUGAUGCUCUCCAGACUGCACGCCGCCUGCGACAUGCUGCGCCGUCUGAUCCGGCUGCAGCAGCUCAGCCGCCGGCUGCAGGCGCAGCUGCGCGGAGGGCUGAGGGAUAUCACCAAGGCGGCCAAGACGCUCAGCGAACUCGACGAAACGGUCUCGGACGUCGACCUGACCGGCCUGGAGGUGUACGAGCGGGAGCAGCGACAGAUCCGCGCCGGCCGCCAGUCGGUGGAGAAACAGGCGGCUGGACUACUGCAGCGAGGCAUGGAGUCGCUCAACCAGUCCCAGGUGGCGACGGCUCUGCAGGUGUGCCACAGCCUGGGCUCGCUGCAGCCGACGGUGGACGGCCUGCUUACCGACACCAGGGACCGGCUGCAGACGCGACUCACUGACGCCCUGCGACUGGAGUCGGUGCUGGCCGCGUCAUCGGGCCCAGGCACGGCCGCCGGCCGGCCCGGCGCCGCCGCCCUGCCCAGUAACACCGUCACCUUCCGCGCCGCCCUGUGGAACAACCUGGAGCGGCUGGCCGAUCACAUCUACGGCGCCUGCGCCCAGAUCCAGCACAUUCACAAGGUGCUGAGCAAGAAGCGCGAUCCGGUGACCCAGGUGUGUUUUAUCGACGAGGUGCGCUCUGCGCAGCUGAUGCCACUCUUCUGGCAGGACGUCACAGCCAUGAUCCGCACAGAGUUCGUCAAAGCCGCUGAAAGGCAGACGUUCAUCCGGCAGGCGUUUGAGGGUGAGUACCCGAAGCUGGUGCGGCUCCACCAGGACCUGUGGACCCGGCUGCAGCAGUUCGCUACGCCGCCGGCCGCCGACGGUCAGCCCCAGUUCAAUCCGGAGAGCAGCCUGCGCGAGGCGCUGGCGCCGUUUGAGCGCGCCUACCUGUCCCGCUCGCUGAGUCGGCUGUUUGACCCGGUCAACCUGAUGUUCUCGGCCGAGACGGUACCCGCGCGAGAGGAGAUUGACGCCGUCGUCCGCACCGUCGCCAACGAGCUGACGGUGUCCGGGGUUGACCCAUCUCUCUGCCUGCUGGUGGCCCGGAAUGUGGCUAAGACGGUUCAGCUGUUCUGUGUCAAGUGUGAACAGCUGCUGGUGACGGACGGAGACGCCAGCCAGGUCAUCGGUCCGAUGUCUCCCGGUCAGACGACCAACGUGCAGCUGGUGAACGUGCUGCAGACGUUCGAGGCGCAGUUGCGUCGGCUGCUGGCCGGCCAGCCGACACUGGCGGCCGAGGCGCGAGACGCCGUGCUGGCCUCGCUCGAGGGCGUCGGGAGUCUGAUGAGGAGCGGGAUCCAGCCGCUGGUCACCUCCAUCGCAGAGGCCAUCGAGGCCAUCAUCCUCACCAUGCACAACGAGGACUUCUCCGGGGAGGAAGAGUCGAGUGGCGGCGAGUCCAACUGUUCGCUCUACAUGAAGGAGCUUCAGACGUUCAUAUCACGCGCAGUGGACGACUACUUGGCACCAUUUAACUGCAAACCGCUCAUCACUGCCAGUAAGCUGGAGCUGGGCCGGCGCGCCGUCGAGCUGUUUGUCCGUCACGCGGCUCUGGUGCGGCCGGUGGGUGCCGCCGGUCGACUCCGGCUGGCUGCCGAUUGCGCACAGCUCGAGCUGGCCGUGGCGCCGCUCUGUGAACGGCUGGCCAGUCUGGGGACAGAGUACCGCGUGCUGCGCGCCUUCAAACCGCUCCUCUUCCAGACGCCGGAGCACAUGGCGCAGUCGCCGGCGCUGGGCGAGGUGCUGCCCUACAGUCUGGUGGUGCACCUGCUGUUCGCGCGCGGCCCGCCCGAGCUCCGCUCCCCGCACCACACGGCCAGCUGGUCGGUGAGUCGCUACUCGGCCUGGCUCGACGAGCACCGCGCCGAGAGAGAGCGGCUCCAGCUGCUGACGGGAGCGCUGGACGCUCACGUACAGGCGGUGCGCGCGCAGGGCGGCACCAGCUUCGCGGACGUGUAUCCGGUGAUGUUGGAGCUGCUGCAGCGGGGUACGGCCGCGCUGGCCGCCAGUGAUCGGUAGGUACCGCCGCACUAGCCGUCUCUGGUCGGCGGGCACGGCCGCCUGAGAGCCCGCCUGUGAUCGACUGGCAUCGCCGCCUGAGAGCCCACGGCGCUUAACACCAUGAAUUGUUAUUUCACCGCUGUGGAUGGCGUAUGGGGAAAAUUCAGAGGGAAGGAAACGGGGCGGAACCAAGCAGUCCUACACUGGCUGGCAUACUGCCCUGAUCGGGUGUCGGGCAUUUGUUAUUGUUGAGCAUGUCCUUCAUUCCAAUUGUAUCCUGCUUGGCUGAACUUUGUGAAGUUUAUGAACUUGGUGAGUACGUUUGGUAAUGACCACUAUCUAAUUUCUAUUUAUAUUAAGCCUGUGCGAGUUGUGUGUGCUUGAAGUCGUUGCUCACUAUAACACAGCAACUGGCGAGCUGAUUUGCAAUAUAUUUGACGGAAAUCCCAGAA